AUGGCUCGGCUGCCUCACGAUAGCGCGGCUCAUGCGCACUCUGCCUUCUCCGCCUAUGUAUCUCCUCUGCCGUUUCAUUUGCCGCUCAUUGUGAAACCGGCAGACAGCUCAAAGACUCGGCGUCUUGCGGACGUCAUUUAUCUAAUACUCCGUCUUACAAUCACGCGUCUUCCAACCCGCCGCUUCGAUGUCCGCCAGCAGAAGAAAAUUGAAAGAACAAUGGUCAUACCAAUCAAGGAGCUGCCGACUAUGAUACCGACGAGCGCUGGUGUUGAUAGGCCGCUGGAUGGAGACCCCGAGGCGGUCGCUGUGGAUGAUGUUGCGGGAGAACUCGAAGUUGCGGAUGGCGCCUGGACGAAGACCGUGGUGACGCUUGCCGUCGAACCGCCAGCUCCAUUGGCCGUAGCCCCGCCGUUCGUGUUUAUAUUCGCCAAGUCGCCACUGAUAAAGACGACUAGUACAGCCCCGUAA